AUGACCCAAAUGCCGACUCCGCCGCCGAUCUCAGAGUCGUCUCGCGGCCUGAGAUUCAGAGCCGUCAACGACCCGACGCGCGAGCACGAUCCCCUUGAAGGCCCCGGGUCCGAUCCGGCGCCGGCAAUGGACGACACUACGAUGGGAGACAGCCGUAGCGAUGAUUACAAUCGGUCCGGUCCGGGCCCCGAGCUCACGCGCCGCGCCGUGGGGCCUCGGCUCUAUCACAAGAAGUCGAGAAUGGGCUGUCUCAGAUGCAAGGCUCGCCGAGUAAAGUGCGAUGAAGCACGUCCUUCAUGCAGCGGUUGUAGCCGCCACCUAGUGGACUGUGUCUAUCCCUCGCGUGGAGGUCCUUCCCAUGGCAAUGUCCGGCAGGACGCCGCCGGCAUCAGCCUCCGGGUGACCCGCGCCGAGUCCUCCUCCGGCCACAGUGACCAGGGCUUCUCACCGAACCCGUCGUCGGCCUCUGUACCCGGCAAUCCCGAAUCAUGGGCCCGUACUCCAGGCCCGGAGCCACAUUCCCUCCCCGUCCCCGUAGAGCCCGGCGGAUUCUCCCCCAUGACGCCGGGGUACACACCGUACUCAGCCGGCCGCGGCCUGUCACCGUCCCAUGCCGGAGGCUACUCCCCAUCAGGCGCCCUGCCGCCGCUCUCGAGCCGCGCCCCCUCCGUCGUGAGCAACAGCUCCUCGUCGCAGACGGGGAGCAUCGUCCGCGAGGCCAACGACUACCUCUCGCACCUGACCGACCCGGAGAUCCUGGACAUCCCCGAGUCCAAGGAGCGGCGGAUCUGGGAGCUGCGGCUGAUGCACAACUACAUGGUCAACGCGGCGCAGCAGUUCGCGGGCACCAAGACGGAGCGGGCGCACGGCCCGCAGCCGGUGCCGUCGGUCGCGCUGGAGGACAGGGAGGUGGACGACCCGGAGGCGAGCGGGUUCGGGCAGGGCGCGUUCCUGUGGGGGCGCGAGAUCCCGCUGCUGGCGUUCGAGGACGACGCCAUCCUGUACAGCAUGCUGGCGUCGAGCGCGCUCAACAUGUGGACCAAGAGCAGCGACCCCCGCGAGCGCGACGAGCUGCGCCUGUGCCAGCAAAAGUACCUGUCCAUGGCCCUGCGCGAGCAGCGCCAGGCCGUCGGCAACCUCAGCCGCGAGAACGCCGACAACGUGUGCAUGUCGUCGCUGACGAUCUUGCAGAACUCGUUCGCGCUCGUGCAGACGCUGCCCGUGCGGCCGUGGCAGCCGCCGCUCGAGUGGCUGCGCAUGGGCAAGGGCGCCGGCUCCGUGCUGACGGUGGCGAGGGGCUACCUGGGGUUCCGGGGGGACGGCAGCGGCGGCAGCGGCAGCGGCGACAAGACGACGCGGUUCCUCAAGAGCAUGCCGCGGAUGGACCCGGACGAGAUGUUCACGGCGGCGAACCGCGCGCACCUGGACUGGGUGCUCGACAACGACCGGGGGUCGACGGACGCCGUGGGCGACCACGAGCUGCAGGACAAGGUCACGCUGGGCAUCUACAACCGCGUGCUCAGCUACAUCGGCUCCGUGCAGAAGGCCAUCGCCGACCGCGAGCCGCUGUACGCCGUCUGCCGCCGCUUCAUCGGCUUCGCCGUCUGGAUGCCCGAGGUGUACCACGACUUCCUGACGCAGCGGCGCCCGCGGGCCCUCAUCACGCUCGCGCACUUCUUCAAGCUGUGGAUCCCGUACGAGGACCUGUGGCUCCUUGGGAAGACGGGCGAGAACCAGGUCCGCGGCAUCCAGGAGGCGUUGCCGCCGCAGUGGAGACACAAGGUGGACAGCAUCUUCGAGGAAUAUCACUUGAGCGUUGGAUGA